AUGAAGGUUGAAAUCCAAUCAAAAAACUUAAUAAAACCCUCGUUCGGGACUCCUUCCAUCCUUCGUCGAUAUAAAAUAAGUUUCAUAGAUGAAUUUGCUCCAACGACGUAUGUGCCUCUUGUUCUCUUUAUUCCUUCAAGUAACGGUGAUGUCUCAUGUUCUAUUGCCAAGCUUCGGAAAUCAUUAGAAAAAACUUUGACUCUUAUGUACCCUUUAGCCGGUAGAUAUAUUGAGGACAUUCGAGAAGUUGACUGCAAUGACCAAGGUGUUGAGUUUAUACAAUCUCAAGUUGAUAUCACAAUUGAAGAAAUUCUUCAUCUCAAAGAAAAUCCUAAGGUGAUCAAUGAAUUCCUACCAUUGAAAAUUUGGUCCACAUUUGAAGCUACUAAUCCACUACUUGCAAUCCAAGUCACCAUUUUUCGUUGUGGAGGUUUAGCACUCGGUGUAAAUAUGUCACACAAGAUUGGUGAUGCCGCCACUUUGACCACGUUUCUUACCCAAUGGGCUACCUUCAGUCGACGAGAGACCAAGGUUGAAGUUGUUGCUAAUAGUAUCUUUCCAGUGUCUGGUUUGUUUCCUUCUCGAGGUUUAUCUCCUUUUGAGAUACACUUUGCUAACUCAGAAUCGAAUGAUGACUACGUCACAAUAAAACUUUCGUUCAAUGGUUAUGCAAUAUCAAAAAUGAGAGCCAAAGCUACACUAGGUGGAAAAAUAAACACACAUCAUAUGUCCAAGGGACAAUUGGUGUCCGCCCUAUUAUGGAAGGCUUUCAUUGGUGUAGAUUAUGCGAUUUAUGGUCAUCCAAAAUGCUCUGCCUUAGUCCAACCAAUUGACCUUAGGCAUGGAACGAUAUCUUUGAUACCCAAAAAUGCUUUUGGAAAUCUUUGGGGUCUCAUAGUCACUUCUUGUGAUACCAUAAAGGAGUUUGCGGAAUUGACAACCCUAUUAACAGAUAAUUUUAAAGAAACCACUAACGAAUAUUUGAAAGUAGGUCAUGAUAACCAUGAAAUGAAAAAAGUGAUAUUGAAUUCCUUCUCACAUUAUACCAACAUUCCAAACUCGACAGAGAUAAUUUGGUCAACUAGCUGGUGUAAGUUUCCUUUUUAUGGUGUUAACUUUGGCUUUGAAAAACCUUUAUGGAUAAGCUUUGGGUUUGGUACAUUUAAGAGAAGUAUCAUAUUACUAGACGAUGAAGGAGGUGACGGGGUAGAAGCAUAUGUGAAUCUAGGAGUCAAACAUGUGCCUUAUUUCGAACAAGAUGAGGAUAUCAAGGCUUUUGCUAGCGGGAAACAACGUACCAAGCUCUAAGUAACCACAUAAGGACCCGAUCUCACUACACAUAAAAUAAAAAUACUAGCAAAAUAAAGAUCGCUCGCACACAUGAUAUGAUGGU